AUGUCUAAGUCUUCCGAUAACACCCUGGACUCCAGAGCUGUGUUUACGCACAGUUAUCGAGAAGGGCCCAAAUGCAUUGGGUGGGCCAAAUCACAGGGCCGUCAAUGCAAUAGGACUAUUGGUAUGGCCAGGGUAAGGGAGCAUGAGAGCCUGAUGAAGAGGCUAAACAGUGUGCCCCUGGAGCAGCGGGCAGACCAUCCACGCCUAGAAGAGGCUGUGAAACUCCUUCUGUGCCAUCAACAUAAGCACACUGAUUUCGAUAAGGAGCUGGAGGAUGCUUCACAGAAGUUUCGAGAUGCAGCGGAGGCGGCGAAGGAGGCGAAAGCGGCCCGAGUCAAGCUGGAGAAGCCCAUUCCUCAGAAACUGCCCGGCAUACUUCGGAAGCCAACCGUCCAAUUCGUCACUCCUCUUCCGCUUCCUGUGGCUCGUCGAGGAGCCGAGUUGGCCGGGGGAUCUGCAGCGAACUCAGAGGGACCUAGACGCCGGCUUCAAGCCAGCGACAUCCCUUCUGAGCCUGAGUCCGAGUCCGAGUCCGAAUCCGAGUCUGAGUCUGAGUCUAGCUCAGAAUCGGAUAGCGAUGAUGUCAAAGUUGUUGAGAUCCAUCCCCUGGAGGCCUGGGAGCGCUACAACUCCAAGUGGAAGACGAUAGACAAAUCUGGGCUGGAGGAGGCACUUCCUGUAGUAUGGCAAGUGCCGUGGCCAGUGACUUCAGGCAAGCACUGGCAUGUUCACAAAGAAGAGGUCGUCAGAUUCUUCAAUAAUAUUGCAGAUGAGCAUGACAAGGCCAGUUGCAGGGCCAUAUUCUUGCAUGAACGCAUGCGCUGGAGUUCUAGAAAUGUCAAGGACACGUUUGGCCGAAUGUUUUAUCAAGGAACAUGGAAGAAGUUAAUAAGAAUGAUUUCUUCGGUUGCUAAGGAGUUCGAGGAGCAGUACUCGGAGUAG